AUGGCAUCUUCUCACGCUGAAUACAAAACCCCUCUGGCUUCGCGAUAUGCGAGCCAGGAAAUGAAGGAGAAUUUUGGGGAUUUAAAAAAAUUUUCAACGUGGAGAAGACUGUGGCUUUACCUUGCUAAAGCAGAAAAAGCACUGGGUUUGGAGAUUACAGAUGCUCAAAUUGAAGAGCUGGAAAAUAAUUUAGAGAAUAUCGACUUCAAGAUGGCGGCCGUAGAAGAGAAAAAGUUCCGCCAUGAUGUUAUGGCCCAUGUUCAUACUUUUGGUGCUGUUUGCCCCAAAGCAGCUUCAAUCAUUCAUCUUGGAGCAACAUCAUGUUAUGUAGGGGACAACACGGAUUUAAUAGUUCUUCGUGAUGGGCUCAAGAUUUUAAUUCCAAAGCUUGCAUCGUGUCUGGAUCAGCUGUGUAAAUUUGCUUUGGAGAACAAAGCCCUUCCAUGUCUUUCUUACACACACCUACAAGCAGCCCAAGUGUCGACAGUUGGUAAACGUGCUUGUAUCUGGGCACAAGACUUGCUGAUGGAUCUAAAAAACCUAGAAAGGGUUUUGGAUGAGCUGAGAUUUAGGGGGGUGAAAGGAACAACUGGCACACAGGCCAGCUUUUUGACCUUGUUCGAGGGAGAUGCCAGCAAGGUUGAAGAGCUCGACAGUUUGGUGACUGAAAUGGCAGGUUUUAAAAGCCACUUUAUCAUUUGCGGGCAGACAUACCCAAGGAAGGUCGACACAGAAAUUGUGUCAGUACUUUCCAGUUUUGGAGCAUCAGUGCAUAAGAUUUGCACAGACAUCCGAUUGUUGGCCAGCUUUAAAGAGUUGGAAGAACCAUUUGAAGCAGAUCAAAUUGGUUCCAGUGCUAUGCCAUACAAGCGGAACCCGAUGAGGAGCGAGCGUUGCUGCUCAUUAGCUCGGUUGCUCAUCAGUAUGGUACAGAAUCCUCUACAGACAGCUUCCGUGCAGUGGAUGGAAAGAACCUUGGAUGACAGUGCUAACAGGCGUGUAGUACUGGCUGAGUCAUUCCUGGCUGCAGACGCAAUUAUAAACACACUGCAGAAUGUUUUUGAGGGCUUGGUAGUGUACCCUAAGGUCAUCGAGAGGAGACUGAAUGAUGAGCUUCCUUUUAUGGCCAGCGAGAACAUCAUUAUGGCUGUGGUGAAAGCAGGAGGCAACAGACAGGAAUGCCAUGAAAAAAUUCGCAGUCUGGCAAUUCAGAGUGCUUCUCUUAUGAAGCAUGAAGGCCUGCCAUGCGACCUUUUGGACAGAAUCAGGGCAGACGCAUACUUUGCCUGCAUUCUCGACAAACUGGCCAGCUGUUUGGAGCCGAGUACCUUUGUGGGCACAUCAGUGUCUCAGGUGGAGAGAUUCAUAACUACUGAGGUGACUCCAGUAAUUGUGAAGUACGAGGCUAGCUUCACCAAGUCAGUAGCACUGGAGAUCUAA